AUAAAGUUUACUACGGGUACCUGAAUGCAACAUUUAGGGAGUGUAUGCGUCCGAUUCCUACUCGGGUGUAAUAUACACACCGCUGCUGCUACGUCCAGGGCGAUUGUGGGAAGGAAACACGGAGGUCCUCCGUAUUUGAAAGUCUUCUGUGGCCGAGAUGGCAGCCAUCAGGAAGAAGUUGGUCAUAGUUGGUGAUGGUGCAUGUGGUAAGACCUGUCUGCUCAUUGUCUUCAGUAAAGACCAGUUUCCAGAGGUCUACGUCCCCACUGUGUUUGAGAACUACAUAGCUGACAUCGAAGUGGACGGCAAACAGGUGGAACUGGCGCUGUGGGACACGGCAGGUCAGGAAGACUACGACAGAUUGAGACCUCUCUCCUACCCUGACACCGACGUGAUCCUCAUGUGCUUCUCCAUCGACAGCCCCGACAGUCUUGAGAACAUUCCGGAAAAAUGGACGCCAGAAGUAAAGCACUUUUGUCCCAACGUCCCCAUCAUCCUGGUGGGCAACAAAAAGGACCUCAGGAAUGACGAGAACACGCGCAGAGAGUUGGCCAAGAUGAAGCAGGAACCGGUCAAGUCUGACGAGGGCAGGGACAUGGCCAACCGCAUCAGUGCCUUCAGCUACCUGGAGUGCUCGGCCAAGACCAAGGACGGCGUGCGGGAGGUGUUUGAGAUGGCCACCAGGGCGGCGCUGCAGGUCCGCAAGCGCAAGAAGAGGGGCGGGUGCCAGCUCCUGUAAAAGAACAGCUUGUGUGCCAAACGGCCAGUCAGCACCUGAGGAAGGGCUCCACUACCACCCAAAAACGUUACGUCAGUGGCUUCCGUGGAUGAUGCAGAUACACCACUGGCGAUUAUGAGAGACUGACACCUGUAACAGCCAAAACAAACGAGCCCGUUGUAGGACCUUUCCUCUGCUUCUCACACUGUCCUCACCUUUCUGUGAAUUUAGUUUUCCUUCUCUGGCACACCAGCCUGUUAAUGUGAAGGAUCGACACCUUCUUCCUAAUGUUUGUAUUUAUAUGUGCAUUUACUUCACAAAUAUAUCACAUCUGCCUCUGCAA